GAAAGGUUUGGGCUAAUAUAAAUAAAAGAGAGAGAAAUUAAGCAUAAAGCGGAGCUGCAUCAAUGUGUUGUUUAAGCAAAAUGAGUGUACCCCUGUCCUGUUCAUAAAUCACAAGUCCAUUUAUAACUCAUAGAUCCUACAUGAGAUUGUAAUGAGUAAACUCUAAUUCAACUUCUAGAACCUACAGCAGGCAUUUAACUUUUCAGUUUUCAAUGCAAUAUUGAGCAGCUUUCAUCGUAUAUGAAAAUAUAGUACAAUGCUUAUCUAAAGCUUUCACAAUUUAACCAAUAAUCAUAUUUGCAGCGGCAUAUAUAAAACACAAUGCUUACUUGUGCAACCCACUUCAACGAAGCACAAAUACGCAUAAGAACAAUCUUAUAGGUAUCCAAACCACCCUUCAAUUUGUCUACAUGAUUUGGUCUUGAUAAGAACAGCCAACCACAAUCUUGUAUCUUUCUAAAUGUCUCUCUACUCAACCACCUCAGACCCUUCUAGCAAUGAGUGACUUCCACCUCGUUUAGAAGUCAUAAUGAAAAGAUCUUAUUCUGCCACUCUUCCUAUCAUCUCUUUUUAAAGCCCAUUUUCCUUGCAAACUAAACCUACAUCUAAUUUCUAUCUUCAAUGUUUACUAGAAAAAUAUAACAUCAAGCCCUUCGACACGAAUGAAAAUGAAGGUAAGUGUAAACUCUUACCAAAUUCAGAAUAAGAGCUAUGUUCAUUCCUUUAAACUUUAUUUUUGCAUUCCAUUCAUGCAGUUAUUACAAUGGGUGCACCACAAAUUUCGGCACAGUAGCAUUGAGCCUCUCAAGGAUCUCAGUAUUGGGGAUCCUGGUAUUUUCCUUUCAGCUCAGCCAUCAGUUGAUGAUCAACAUUCCCAUAUGAAGUCAAGCUUUGGCUCCAGCUAUGGAUCUACAUCCUUGGAGCCACCUAAAAGGGACCAAGAAAAAUCUUUUUCUGAAUCUGAAGCCAAUAGAGAAGAAGAAACAUCUGCUAUUAUCUCAGAGCUAUUUCAUGGCUUUCUCACCAUUGGAACACUUGGCUCUGAACCAAGUAUCAAUGAGCCGGAAACACCAACUUUUGCAACAACUUUAGAGAACUUAAGUGAGCCAAAAACAGAAGUGACACAGAAUGACUUGAAGCUCAUCAGCUAUGAGCUAGAAAAGUUCCUUGAGGCGGAGACAAAGGAAGAAGGGGUUCGUGCAUCAUCAGCAAGGAACAGUCAUGCUAGCACUAUUACACUCAAUGGAAAGCAAAUGGAGGAAUCUGAAGAUGAAGAGUACUGGACGACAACUGUGGUACGUCCGCUCAAAGAAUAUCUCUUUGGGUCCUCAAUUGAACUACCAGACACAAGAAUAGAAGCAAAGAAAGAAAAGACAUCACUGCAAGAGCUGUUUGAUAGGACAAAGAUGACAACGGAAAAUUGUAAGGAGACAAGUGAGAGUGUGGAUAUAAAAUCCGAGCAUAAGCAUACAUCUGCCAUGCAGUUCAUGAAGAAGAUCAUAAAAAAACUCCAUGCUUCUUCGAAAAGCUCUGCCCCUUGUACUGGUGGUGAUGUAACUGAUCCUGUUUCCACCAGGAAGACAUUUGGUGAGGCAUCUGAUUCUGUUUCAACCAAGAAGAAACCCCAUAAGAUCUUACGUAUGUUCCAUAGAAGGAUCCAUCCUGAAAGCUCUACAGCUGCAAGAGAAUUUGUCGAGGCCGAGAAAUACAAGGACAAGAACAAUUACAGUGCCCAUGGUCGUUGUAGAGAAAAUAUGAUGCUCAUGGGCAGAGACAACAGAAGGUUCCCUCAAGGGGCAAUGAUAAAGGAGGGGACAGAACAUGGUAAGAAAUACAUGAACUUGCCCCAAUACAGGCUAAGUGGCAGCAAUUUUAGAAGAAAGGGAGAGCACUGGAUUAAAACAGAUGCAGACUGUAAGUAUCACUUUAUAUCCUAUACCAUGGAAACAUACUUUGAUUAGUUCCCACUGGGUCUGAGAAAUCAGAUACAGAAAACCUAAAAUCCAGGAGAACAAAAAGUACAAAACACCCAACAGAAAUUUCAUACUCUACCAUCAGUCUUCUAUGAAAAAUUAAGUCUAUUAUGAAGUAUAGUCAAGAUCGGCAAAAUUGAGUCUAUUAUGAAUAUAUUUAACCACUUUGUGCUAUUUGCAUUGCAGACUUGGUGUUGGAGCUGUAGCAAUAGAAGUUGCAAGAAAAGUCAGUGGUCUUGAUCCUUUCUGAGACAGAAUGCCAAUCUUGUGAUCGAUAAAAUUAUCUUAUGCCAAUCUUGUGAUCGAUAAAAUUAUCUUUUCAUGUACUUAUUUAUGAGUGAUUGAGUGUUGAUGAACUCAAGAAAAAAUGAAAAAAGACUAGAAGGUAUUCAUCUCUCCUCAGUGUGUUGAUGAAGUUGUGACUCAGUUUUAUCUAAAUUUCUUUCCCAAUCAAUAAAGAUUUCAAUUAUCUACAAGUCUUAUUUGAAUGGUUGAGAGUUGAGAGCCAUUCUCAAAUUUCUUGAAUAAGUAUUCCAGUUACUAGCAUACUAUAUGGUGCAUCCCAUAUUUUAUGCAACCAGACCCUUUUUUUUCAUUGCUAUUGUGUUGUUUGAACAUCAUAUAUUCUUAUCAGACAUUGAGGAAACUUGCUCUUAGUCAAAGAGGCAGAUAUCAACAAAUAUUCUCAAACAUCUCACCAUGGUUUCACAAUUGGUUAUCCAGAUUUAAUGCAUCAAUUCUUAGAAACCCACUAUUCAGGCAAAGCACUACUGUUUAUGUGCAACAUGGUUCAAAGUCCAAUUCAAAUAGGUAGCACCAUAAAUUCGUGGACAUGAGUGUCAGAAGUAAAUAUAAAGUAA